ACCAUCGUUGCUUCUCACAGCUCUACUCCUGUGCCUUCGACGCCGCUUCCAACAACUUCUCUCACGCUAUCGCAGUAUCGGUUUUGCAACAAUUCCGUCAAAUCUUUGAAGAAGCUUAAAGAUGCCGCUCCAUUUUUGCGCCCUGUCGACCCUGUUGCUCUCAAUGUCCCCCACUAUCCCACCAUUAUCAAGACACCCAUGGACCUGGGAACCAUUGAGCGCAAAGUAGCCACUUCCAAUCCCCAGAAGCCCGAUCUCAACUCUUCAAACCCACGAUACUCAACCCCAGAUGAAUUCGUGGCUGAUGUUCGUCUCGUCUUUGAGAAUUGUUACAAGUUUAAUGGACCAGACCAUACCAUUUCUGCUAUGGGCAGGCGGGUAGAGGAAGUCUUUGAGAGGCAGGUCAAGAACAUGCCAAUGACAAUCGAGGUGGCAACACCACCACCACCACCACCCCCUCCCCCCGUGCCAACUAAGAAAGCGCAACCGGUUCGUCGAGCAUCGACAUCUGUUCCUGUUAUACGGCGUAAUGAUAAUGAGGCUGUUGGCCGUCCAAAGAGGGAGAUACACCCCCCGCCACCGAAGGAUUUGCCAUACGCAGAUGCCCCUAAAAAGCACCGCAAAGCUCGACGCGUAAAGGAUGAUGGGACUGCUGAGCAACUGAAGUUCUGCAGCAAAAUUCUGCAGGAUUUGAGUCGAAAACAGCAUUGGGACAUUGCUAGUCCGUUCUAUGAACCUGUUGACUGGGUUAACCUAGACCUUCCGACGUAUCCGAAGAUUGUCAAAAAGCCCAUGGAUAUGUCGACGAUGCGCAAAAAGUUGGAGAAUGGCGACUAUCCGAAUGCCCAAAAGUUUUGCGAUGACUUUAAGCUCAUGAUCCGCAACUGUUUUGCGUUCAAUCCUCAAGGAACGCCUGUGAACACAGCUGGUAUAGAGCUACAACGGCUUUUCGACUCGAAAUGGAGAGCUUUGCCUCCUCUUCACGAAGUCACUGAUGAUGAAGAGGACGAAGAAGAUAUAAGCGAUGACGAGCAUUCUCGUAUGUUUCUCGCCCAUCCAAUCACUUAUGAUCUAGGUGCCAUCGCUGUGCUCGAGGACCAGAUGAGAGCAAUGAAUGAUAAUCUGACGGCACUAAAGAACCUCAAGGCGAACAAGGAUAAGAAGAAGCCGAAGAAAGAGAAACCUCCUCACCCAUCGACGUCUAAGCCCAGCAAGCCCAAGCCCCUGCCUCCCCCGAAGAACGGCAAGAAAUCCGGAAAGAAGGCAGGCGUUGCCGAAAAUGAUUUCCUCACCUUUGAUCAAAAGAAAGAUUUAAGCGAAGCCAUCCAGGGCUUGGAUGGAGUGAAGCUAGAGCGUGUAAUCAAAAUCAUUCAUGAAGGAGUCCCUGAAAUCCGAGACAGCACUGAGGAGAUCGAGCUUGAAAUCGAUUUACUUCCACCUCCGGUUCUGACCAAAUUGUAUAAUUUCGUCAUUCGCCCAUUACGUGCGCCUCCGGUUAAGCGAAACCGGCAUGGAAAGGGCACUGGGACGGGUGGUCUGAACAGAAAGAGCAUGGAUGAAGACGUGGAGGCCGAAAAGAUUCGACAGCUAGAGCAGCGUAUGGCUCUAUUCGAGGGUGCCAGUGGCGCUGCCGUAUCAGUGCCAAAAGCCAUGGACAGUGAGUCGGAUUCUAGCUCGGCGUCAGACAGCUCUGGAAGUGAUUCUGAGUGAUCAUCUUUUGGUUUUGGCGAGAUGUAUUUCGUACGAUGGACUUUAACCUUUAUCUCAUGCCAAGUUUCGGCGAUUCUGCUUUGACGACAAAUUGCUCACGUUCGUUCCCCUUACCCCAUAAUCAUUAUUAUUCUUGUUCUUUCUCACCCCGUACGAAUGACCUUCGUACGAGAGGAUAUGACCUCUUGAUAGUAACGGUUACUUUUAUACGUAUGCGACAGAUCCAAAAUUAAGAGUACACUUUGUAGCUAUGUAGUACAACCUCUUUACCUCUCGAUAGAAAGUCA